GACGACCUCACCAAGAUGGCGUCGCGCUCCGCCACCGUUGGCCAGGCUUCCCAAGUGGGCGUGUCUCCUCUAGCGAUAAAUCUCAUUGGUCCUCCCUUCCAGCAGGGGGCGGUCACCGUCGUACCCGGAACCCGGAAGUGGUGGACGGGAGCUCCGCGGAAGCGUCGGAGCGCCAUGGCGGUGAGUUCGGUGCACCUGGAGUCCGACGCCUUCCUGGUGUGCAUGAACCACGCACUGAGCACGGAGAAGGAGGAGGUGAUGGGUCUGUGCAUCGGGGAGGUGGAGGAGGCGCGGAUCGUCCACAUCCACUCCGUCAUCAUCCUGCGCCGCUCGGACAAGCGGAAGGACCGGGUGGAGAUCUCCCCGGAGCAGCUGUCGGCCGCCUCCACCGAGGCGGAGCGGCUGGCGGACCUGACCGGGAAGCCGAUGCGGGUGGUGGGCUGGUACCACUCCCACCCGCACAUCACCGUGUGGCCGUCCCACGUCGACGUGCGGACCCAGGCCAUGUACCAGAUGCUGGACCAGGGCUUCGUGGGCCUCAUCUUCUCCUGUUUCAUCGAGGACAAAAACACCCGGACGGGUCGAGUUCUGUACACCUGCUUCCAGUCCGCGCAGGCCCAGAAGGGCUCCGAGUACGAGCGCGUGGAGAUCCCCGUGCACGUCGUGCCCCGCGAGGCCAUCGGGAGGGUGUGCCUGGAGUCCGCCGUGGAGCUGCCGCGCAUCCUGUGCCAGGAGGAGCAGGACACGUACCGGCGGAUCCACGGGCUGGCGCACCUGGACCCCGUCACCAAGAUCCACAACGGCUCGGUGUUCACCAAGAACCUGUGCAGCCAGAUGUCAGCGGUGAGCGGGCCGCUGCUGCAGUGGCUGGAGGACCGGCUGGAGCACAACAGGCGGAGCAUCGCAGACCUGCAGCGGGAGAAGGAGGCGCUGCUGCGGGAGCUGGCUGCUCUCUGAGCCGCUCCGGACGGACUGAUCUUCUGCUGCUGCUCCUCCAUCCUCGGGUCUGUCCCCCAUCGUUUGGUCUCCCUUCCAUCCUCGGGUCUUCUCUCAGCAGGAAUGAUUUCUCCUUCUUCCUUCUCAAAGUGCUCCUGGACAGACUUCAGGGUCCUCAGUUGAAAUUCUAAGAAUGAUGAGGAACUACAGGAAGAUGCUGCUGGAUGAAGGUCACUUUGAGGAGCAUCCUCCUCAUGCUCAUUCACAACAGUUGCAAAAAGCAAACAUUUGUAGGUGAACAAAUUCGUGGUUUUGGGUUAAUUUGACUGUUUUUCUGGUUAAAUGUUGUCUCCUGUUUAUUAAAUUGUACAAAGUUCAAA